UGCAAACAAAACCCCAUUUCACCCUAAGGAGUAGUGUGAGUUCAGUCACAUCACUCCCUUCUAAAACCCUCUUCUCAAACUAUGGGGUUUUAGAGAAAAAUUUCAAUCUCCACAAUUUCUAUAUAGAAAAACUAAAAGUCCCUUUGUCUUUUUUUUUUAAAAUAUUUUUCAGAUUUUUUUUAAUCCUAGUAAAAUAAAUAAAUCAACAGACUAAAAUCUGAGGUUGAUGAAAGCAUUUUUCUUGUCCGGGUCUUGAUUAUUUCGAUCAAAAAUCACUUUUCUGAGUUGCAUUUUCAAGUUCUGAUGUGACUACACAAAACCCCCCUUCAGUAAAGUGUCUGUACACAUUCAGGGGGUACUAUAAGAAAGAAAUAUAAAAAAACAAUAACCCUUUUGUCACAGAUCCUAGAAAGUGUUGGUACCUGCAACUAAAAAAAAAGAUCAUUGAUCUUUGUCCUUAUAAUCUCUGUUGUUAUACUGCAGAGAAUGAUAAAAAUGGGUCAGCUAAUUGUUUUAUGUUUAAUACAUUUUUCAAGGUGGAUUUUGUUUUUACUUCCAAAGUGAAAAAAAAUGGAAGUCAGGCACAGGAGGAGUGCCAGAAUCUUGGCACUAGAGGCUUCUAGGAUUUGUCAAGGUACAGAACAAGAGAGAGACAAAGGAAAACAGAUUGAUUACUUCGAGGAUUCAGAUUCUAGUCAGGAAUUUUCUACUGGGAAAAGAAGAGGAGGAGGAAGUAGUAAGAGGAAGAGGAAGCUAAGAGCAGUUGAAGAUGUUGCAGCAGCAGUUAUUCCUGUUGAAAGGGUAGUUAAUCUUACCCAUGAACAGAUAAUUGCAAUCUCAUCUGAAGGUCCUCCAAGCAAUAAUGAUUCAAAUUUGUCCUUGCCAGUUACAAUCAAUCGACCUGCUGAACGACGUCUAUUCGAACUUAUCAUUGACAUACUAGAAAAGCGCGAUAAGCAGAAAGUAUUUGCUCAGCCAGUUGACCCUGAGGAGGCGGAGGGGUAUUAUGAGCAAAUUAAAGUACCAAUGGAUUUCAGCACCAUUAAGACAAAGAUUCAUGAUGGGCUGUAUACAUCUGUAGACACAUUUGAGACUGAUGUAAUGUUGAUAUUCACCAAUGCGAUGCAUUUCAAUGGGGAGGGUACCUUCUACUACAAGCAGGCUUUUGCCAUGUAUGUACUAGCACAUAAGGUCUUUUAUGCCGUGAGAAAUGAUCGAAGAAACUAUGAAGUGGUACUGGCUGAGAUAAUACCGAAACCUGGCAGGAAACCAGGAUCUCAAAAUAGAGCAGAGAGAUCAAAUGGCACAAACACUGGUGGUGCUCGAAGGGGUAGGCCUUCCUUACAUGGUUCUUCGAGUCUUGGAAGAAGAACCCACUCCCAAAAGCACCAGGAAAAAGAUUCGGAUGUUGCAGAAGAAAGUCGCCGAAAUGCCAAGCCCUGGAAGGAUUUCAUCAGUCAAGAAGAAUCUAUUGUUUCAACAGUUUAUGACAGCUCAAAACAACUAGUGAAUGUGAACCAAGGAGGUAUUACGUACGAGGAAAGUUUAAGGAACUACACGAAAGGUAUGGGAGAAAGGGUUCAGACAGUUGCAGACCGGAAGUUACUGUUAGCAUCUCAGAUUGGUGCUCGGAAUAGUCUGAUUGCAGCAACAGCAUCUAACCAACGAAGUUUGAAUCUUCAAAACAAUGCCGUGAACAUGCCAAAAUCGCAGGAUUUCUACAACAACUUCCCCAGUCGUUCGACCACACCCAGUCCUGCCAUCAAUUUUUCUACAACUCUCAAUGUUAUUAACAACAAUCCAGCAUUUCCAACUAUACCGAGUCGAAUCAGUACCUUCGGUAAUCCAAAGUCCCAGAAUUUGUUUAACAGCUUAUCCAGUUUACCAGUAUACCAGUCUCUUCCUACAAACUUCUCUGGAAAAUCAGAUUCUCACGGUUCUUUCAGAGGAGAAAGUAGCAAUCAGAAUCAGAUUCAGAACUCCAAUAUUCAAAUGGGUUCCAAUUUCCCCACUACUGGUAUUAGAGAUUUUAAUCUUCCAUUGAAUGGGGUGGAAAAUCACAGCAAUGGGCUGGCAGCAGUAGAUUCUGGCAAGCUCUGCAACAGCAAUCCAUCACCUGACUUGGUUUCUAGACUCCCUGAAUAUGUAGGUAGAAAUAAUAACAUAUCUGAAGAUACUUCGGCACGUUUCCGAGCCAUGAUGGGAGCUAAUUCAAAGCAAGCCUCAAACGGCACACAUACUUCAGGCGCACGAGCUGCAGAGACUCGAGCAAUUAAUCUACCAGGGCCAAGCUACAGAGUUAACCCAGUUCCAAAAUGGAAUCAACCUAGCCCUGCUUGGCAGCCUUUAAAGAAUCAAGGCAGCACUGCACCAGCCCCUGUGAACGGAAAUAAUGUGUCUCUGGUAGGUCAUGGAAUGGAAUGGGGCAACCAGAACUUGGGCUCAAACUCGUUUGGUGGAGAGAAUCUUAUAAUGUCUGCACCAGAUCCAGGCACUGUUGGUUUAGCUGCAAUGCAACCAGUCUUGGACUGGAAUAGACGAAAUCCAGUUCCGUACUCUUCAAGGGAUGUGAAGCAACUAAUGGAAGCACAAGGUGCAGUACAUGGAAUCAACUCCGCUCAAGCAAGCUCCAGUUCACACUCUUUGAGCACAGAGAGACAGGAAAUGGGACCACCAGCACCAAGUGUCUUCUAUGGCGCAAAGUCUGCGCAGUCAAGUUCUGCCCCUCAGUGGAUUCAACGCAACUUCAGUUCACAUUCUUUGGGUGGGCAGCGUCAAUCCCUGAACCUAGCUGGUGUAGGCUACGGAGUCGAUUUGAAUCAAGGAGGUUUUCCUUCUGAACCAAAUCCAGAAUGCAACCAACUGAAACCAUUUCCUCAAGUUAUUGACAUGUUGGACUGGCAGAACCCGCAAGCUGGGGUAAGCUCAUUGAACCAGGAGGGUAGUUUCCAGAGGGAGUUUCCAGUUCCAGAGGGAGCACUUGUUGGGUUCUGUGGGAGGCCAACAUAUGGUAACCAAACUGAAUUGAAUACCUUACCUUUGUUGGACCAACAACAACAGCCUGAUUUAGCACUUCAGUUAUGAAUGAAAAACAUAUAGAAAAAAAGAAAUUGGAAAUAGAAACAUAGAAAAAUAGGAAGAAAUAGGUGAAAGAAGAGGUGGGAAAAUAAUAGACAGACAUAAAUGUUGUCUGUUGCUUAGAAAAGUUUGCAUUUUUUUUUAUUUUUUUUAAGCAGUUUUUGCAUUUGAUAUGAAAUAACUUUGAUUUUUUAUAAUAUAAGUUUAUAAUUU